AUGACUCGAGGUAGAUAUCAUGCCGGCAAGUCCACAGUCAGGAGUAAGGCUACUAAUCGUGCAAACAUUCCUUCUAUUCCAUCUCCUAUGAUUGAACAGGAUGAUACAUGUUCCAUUCCUACCAUGCCACCCGAUCAAACACCGCUUAUUCCUGAGACAUCUUUUAUUUCAUCUAACCAAAGCAUCCCAAUAGGAUAUAAUAUAAAUGCUCAAAGAAACACAGUAGCUGAGGCAACAUCUAGUCAGAGAAAUAUAUCUUCUUCAGUUGAUUCCAGUUGUAGCAAUGUCCGGACCCUUAUUUUUCUGAUUUCUUCAUUGUUGGAACCAUCUUCCAAAUGCUCCAGUUCUAUUACAUUGUCAUUCAAAAGUGAAGUUGAUCCUAAUGGUAUCAACUGGAAAAGUGUCUCACAAGAUAAGAAUUUCUAUUGGGAUGCUUCUGUUAGUGAAGUUAUGGUGAAGCAACAAUGGAUGAAGAAGGCUGCAUUAUGCUACAAGCAUUUUAUUUCCGAUAUAAAGAAGCAUAGAGCUACAGAAGUAGCUGCUGGGACAUACACAGGUCGCUCUAUCACAGCUGGAGAGCACCGAAAAAAACUUGUGUUGCUAGUUUUGUGCUAUUUUUUCAGCAAGCAGCUAUUGCUAUUUUUCCUGCAAGCAGCUGCUGCUAAGCCAUUUUAUUUUGCAGCUAUAUUUCCUACUAGUUUCUCUGUUUUUUUCUCUGUGGGAGGAGCAAAGAAGAAAAGACUAUUUGGUCUUGGAUCUGAAGCUGCCAGUUACUUUGGAAUAAAACUUUGUACCUGCAAUGCUUCCACAUCAUCAGUACCACCUUCGAUUUCUAUACCGACAACAAAUAUGGAGGAAUUUGUGAAGCAAUUGAUUCCGGUCCUUACAACUCAUUUUCUUCCGAUAGUUAUUAAGCGUGUUGGUGGUAUUAGGGUACAUGAAGGGGCCGUUCUUGAUCCUCCUCCUACUAAUGAUGAUGACUACGACGUUGAUUCAUAG